AUGCAAGUUGACGAUAUGUGGUACGUCAUCACUGAUGGUCCAAUGAAGAUCCAGACGAUUAGCACAGCCACAACCUCAACUGAUGAUACUCCUAAAAUGAAGGAGAAGUCAAGAUAUGAGUGGACUUCAGAAGAUAUGAGGAAGGCCAACCUCGACAAUGUGGCCAAAGAUAUUCUCUAUAAGACGCUGGACAAAAAUAUGUUUAGCAAGAUUAAGUCAUGCUCACCUGUCAAAGAAAUUUGGGAGAAACUAACUCAACUUUGUGAAGGCAACGACCAAACCGAAGAAAAUAAGUUGAUGGUUGCCACACAAAAGUUUAAUAACAUCAAGAUGUGUUCUAUAGAGACAAUGACUGAAUUCGAUGAACGAUUCAGCAUCAUAGUCAUUGAACUCUCCACUUUGGGGACAACAUGCAGCAACAGAGAGGUUGUUAUUAAAGUUAUGAGAGUUCUUCCCAAAGAAUGGGACAUUAAGACAAUGGCGAUGAGGAAAUCCAAAGAUCUCAACAAGCUUGAGUUGCACGACUUGUUCGCUGAUCUGAAAGCCUAA